AUGUUAAUAUAUAUUGAACUAAUUCUUUCUGCAUCCAUCUGUACGACUGUAUGCCAUAAUUUACUAGGAUCUGGCAAAUGUAGCAUUAAAUAUAAUUCGACGGAUGUGAUUGUGACCUGUUCCUCGCUGACUGAGCCACCUAAGUCAAUCCCCAAAAACGUCACAAUUCUUCACUAUAUAAACUGCAAAGGCAAUAUUCUUUGCCAUGAAAAGGGUUAUGAAAAACUACGCGUGAUAGAUCUAUCCAAGAACAAAAUGGAUAACAUUCAAGAAGGAUGUUUCUCAGCGUUUCCUUCUCUUGAAAAUCUUUCAAUCUCUAACAAUGACGAGUUGGGAUUACACAAUCUCUACAAUGCGUGUUACGGACUUAACAAGACCAAAAUAAAGCACAUUUAUUCAAACAAUUUCAACCAGGUAGGAGUUACGUACCCUUUUCCCAGGAAUAUAUCUCUUCUGCUACAAAACACGUUUCUGCAAACGUUUCACUUGGAAUACAAUGAAAUCCGAACAGCAGAAUCCGGAGCCAUAUAUUAUAUGCCAAGAACCCUCCAAGAUGUUUCUGUCCGCGGCAACCGCCUUGAAACAAACCCGAUUUUUUUGGAGAUGACAAAUUUAACAAGACUUAGAAAACUUGACAUAAGUUUCCAAUGUUCAACACGCAAAUAUCGCUCUAGAUCACGAAGAAGAGUGCAUUUCCAACCAUAUUUUGAGAACCAAACGAAUUAUAUAGAUUGUAACAAAGAUAUGGUAGAAAGUAAUGUUCUCCGUUUACUACCAUCUAGUCUUCAAAAAUUGAUUGCCACAGGUUUGGGUUCUGGAUCCUUCUGCAUCCCGCGCUUGAACACCAGGAAACAAAGCAUGCUGGAAUAUAUUGACAUAUCGCGAGCCGGGUACUAUACGUGGCUCGGUCCAUUUAAUGCAAAUCAAUCCAAUAACAUUCGGACUCUUAUUUUAUCACACAACCAAUGUAGUGAAAUCAAAGAAGGAUUCUUUGACAGUUUGAAAAACUUAACCUAUCUGGAUAUAAGUUUUAAUUUUCUGGGUCCCUUCUUCAAACGCACAGAGAGCGGAAAUGUUUUCUGGGGACUAGACUCUUUAAAGAUUCUACUGAUGAGUUACAACCGAAUAAGCGAUGUUGAAAAAAAAUUAUUAGAACAUAAUAUUGAACUGGAGGAACUUAACAUCAGUAAUAAUGCACUAGAAAAUUGGACACUCGACAUCAGUCAUCUUCGAAGGUUAAAAUUCAUCGACUGUUCUUUCAACAAGCUAACUACUUUACCAAAGACUGUCAGAGAUAGUUUAGAUGAGACGAGUCAAAACCAUUCAGUGACACUAGAUUUUCAUCAUAAUAAGAUUUUAUGUUCCUGUGAAAAUUUGGACUUUAUAAACUGGUUGUUCACAUCGAGUGUGAACGUACGGUUAGCGACAACCGACCAAUGCACAAUGUACAACGGUAACUUAACCCAAGCUCAUCAACACUUGAAUGAAGAAUGCAGCAAAGGUCGCGAUAAAAGAGAAUGGCUUUAUCCCGUUCAGUUUCUCAGUAUUCUCUUCAUACUCUCUGUACUGGUUGUUAUUGUGUACAAGAAGCGCUGGGCUAUCAUUUAUCGCUGGUACUUGUUUCGUCUGCGUAGGAAAGGAUACACUCCAAUAGGGGGAUGUGAAGAGGGCUACAAGUAUGACGUAUUUCUGUCUUUUGCAGAUGAGGACAGAGUCUUCGUUGAUAAAGUUGUGGAGCAAUUGGAGAAAAAUGCCGACAUUCAGUUUAAUGUGUGUGUGCAUUACAGAGACUUUACUCCGGGAAAAUCAAUUUCCAAAAAUAUUGUAUCAGCUGUUCACACCAGCAAAAAGACAAUCGUGUUCAUGUCGCGUGCUUAUCUCAAAAGCCAUUGGUGUAACUACGAACUGCGCAUGGCGGUAACAGAGGAGAGUCACAUGAACCGCAAAGUAAUUAUAAUGACGGUCCUUGAAGAAAUACCCAAAGCAGAGCUCUCCUUAGAGGUCUUACACUAUUACAAGAAGAAUAGCUACAUUGCAAAACCAAACAACGAGCAUGAAAUGAAACUGUUCUGGAAAACUUUGAAAGGAGUAGUGGCGAAUGAUUAA